AUGGCAGUGCUCUUGGAGACGACUUUGGGCGACAUCGUUAUUGAUCUGUACACAGAAGAGCGGCCGCGGGCUUGCUUGAAUUUUCUGAAGUUGUGCAAAAUAAAGUACUACAAUUAUUGUCUCAUUCAUAAUGUACAGAGAGAUUUUAUUAUACAAACUGGUGAUCCUAUGGGUACUGGCCGUGGAGGAGAGUCAGUCUUUGUGCAACUGUAUGGUGAUCAAGCAAGGUUUUUUGAGGCAGAAAAAAUGCCAAGAAUUAAGCACAAGAAAAAGGGCACAGUAUCUAUGGUCAACAAUGGCAGUGAUCAACAUGGAUCUCAGUUUCUUAUUACCACAGGAGAAAAUCUAGAUUACCUUGAUGGUGUGCAUACAGUGUUUGGUGAAGUAACAGAGGGAAUGGAUGUAAUCAAGAAAAUUAAUGAGACUUUUGUUGACAAAGACUUUGUACCUUAUCAAGAUAUCAGGAUAAAUCAUACAGUGAUUUUAGAUGAUCCUUUUGAUGACCCAGCUGGCUUACCAAUUCCUGAUCAAUCACCAGAACCAACCAAGGAACAACUAGAUAGUGGCCGAAUAGGAGCAGAUGAAGAAAUUGAUGAUUUCAAAGGGAGGUCAGCUGAAGAAAUUGAAGAAAUAAUGGCUGAGAAGGAGGCAAAAACUCAGGCUAUUCUUUUAGAAAUGGUAGGAGAUUUACCUGAUGCAGAUAUCAAACCUCCAGAAAAUGUCCUGUUUGUGUGCAAAUUGAAUCCAGUGACCACAGAUGAAGAUCUGGAAAUAAUAUUUUCAAGAUUUGGGCCCAUAAAAAGCUGUGAAGUUAUUCGUGAUUGGAAAACGGGAGAGUCCCUUUGUUAUGCAUUUAUUGAAUUUGAAAAGGAAGAAGAUUGUGAAAAAGCCUUUUUCAAAAUGGAUAAUGUGCUUAUAGAUGACAGAAGAAUACAUGUAGAUUUUAGCCAGUCUGUUGCAAAAGUUAAAUGGAGAGGGAAAGGUGGGAAAUAUACCAAGAAUGAUUUCAAGGAAUAUGAAAAGGACCAGGAAAAAUCUAAAUUUGCUCUCAAAGAUAAAGUAAAACCAAAACAAGAUACAAAAUAUGAUCUUGUGCUGGAUGAAGAGACAGAAGACUCUAGAUCAAGUCACUCACACUCAAGUAAAAAACAUAAGAAGAAAACUCGUCACUGCUCUGAAGAGGAUUAUACAACAGUAAAAAAUUCCAAGGAUUCUAGCCGGGAGUGGCGUCAUAGGAGAUAUGAAGAAGAGUGUUGUAAGGAGAAGCGAAAGAGUGAAAAGAGAGAGAGACCUCAGAGCCGAAGCCGGAGUCGAUCUCGGGAUAAAGAUAUUUACCAUAGUAAUAGUAAAUCUAAACACAGAACAGAACCCCGUGAAAGAGAAAGGGAGAAAAAGAGAGACAAAAGCAGAAGUCCGAAGAAAGUUAGAGAUAAAGAAAGAUCUAAGUACAGAUGAAAGGAAGAUACAUUACAAGAUGGAUUAUAGAUUUUUCUCUAGUGUGACUUAUCAUGCUAAUUAAGGAUUUGUACAGCCCCAAAUCAAAGAAGUCAGAGACUGUUCCUAACUUUUAUUUGCUUUGAAUCUUUCACUGCAAGUAUAUGGACAUUUUCAAUUAACACAAAGUAUACAAGACUGUGAAAGGCUCAAUAAAAGAUUUAAAAAAUUC